UUUCAGGAUUAUAAUCACGCAGGUAUAGCAGCAGAUAUGUCAUUAGCUAAGCGCCAUCCUUACAAUAAGCCAGGGAACCGGACGCUUUCACCCAAGACGCCUGGUAUAGCAAUCAUGAUGAAAACAUCUAGAAGAAAAUCCAUUGGACCUCGAAAGAAAUCGAAAUCAAAAUCGACCAAAAUAUCAACAAAGGAAGAUAGUUUGUCUUCGGAUAAUCUCCAUACGUAUGCUGUAAGUGCAAAAUGUAUUGGAAUGCAGAAACAACCAUGUAGACUGGUCAGUACCACACCUGGAUUCCUGGAUGAGGGAGUGUUGUAUAAUCAGGACGAAAAAGGUGUAACACUUUCUACCAUCACAGCCAAUGAGAGUGAUAUUAGUGUUGAACUGAUUGACAAUAUAGUCACAAUCUCUGAUAUUGACAGUAAUACAGCGUGUGCUGAGUUAACAAGUGCUAUUCUCACAGACAAUGACAGUGAUAUCGGUACAAAGUGUAUUGAGCCGAUUGAUAUGUGUAUGUUACAAAGUGCUAUUAUCACAGACAAUGACAGUGAUAGCGCCUGUGUCGAGCCAAUUGUGACCCUAGAUGAGAGUGAUAUUAUACCACAGUGCGAGACUGACUUGGAAAAGGAACGGGAGUUGAAUUCCCCAGAAUGUGAGAUAGGUCCGGAUCCAGUGCCAAUUUAUGACCAUCUAAAAUCCAACAUCUCAAAUGUUGUAAUGUUUCCUUAUCAAUUAAACUCCAAUUCAAAACUAAUACAAAUUAUUGAACUGUACCCUACCAAUGAUGAUGUAAGUCAACCAACUGUGAAAUUGUCUCUUACAAUUGACAAGGAUCUAAGCGCUAAACUUUUUGUUCAUAGAAUCGAAAUAUGUCGCGAUCAUGACUUUUGGAUGGGAUUACCGUCAAAGUUUGAUACGCCAUUGAAAAUAAGUGCUAUUGUGAAGAAACUACUGAGUUUUUCUGUUUGUGUUGGGAGUCCCGAUGAGUGCUUUCAAAAUCUGGUUGGCAUUGGACGUGCUAAACAAGAUAUGUCUGGAGACACUUCCGCCUAUAGAGAAGGAGACUUGAGUGCGGUGAAAGGUAAUUUACAUUACACUUCAACAAUUCGUAGUACACUGUGUAAAUUGUUGGUACAAGGUGCGAGGUGUCAACCCUGUUCAAAAGUGCGACGGAAUUUAAGGGACCGGAGGUUACGGCAAGAGGAGAAAUCACGUAUACUCAAAACCAGCCCAACGCCAAAUUACAUGCAGAAAAAAUUUCGACACAGAAAUAUGAACAGGAAAGCCCUGAUCGACAAACUUAAACAACAACACAGUAAAAUCAAACUGCUACAGUCCGAGGUUGGAAGGUUACAGAGGCAGUUUCGACAAGAAGUAAGAAGUAAGGGGGUCGAGUUAGAUGUUGGACAUAUAGAAGCUAUAGGUGCCAUGUGGCAUAAACUUCUAUAAAUGUUACCUAUAUAUGUGGUCAGAUGUCCAGAAAACUUCUAUAAAUGUUACCUAUAUAUAUAUAUAUGUGGUCACAUGUCCAGAAAACUUCAUAUCAGGGUUUGAAAUGUUUAGAGUCAUCUAACAAGUGCUAUUAUCACAGACAAUGACAGUGAUAUUUAAUAUAUGUGUUGCACGUUUGAUAUGUUAACAAGUGUUAUAUAUCAUCAUAGACUAUUCUAACAAGUGCGAUUCAUAUCACAGACAAUGACACAAUGUAGUUCAUGUGUCGAACCAAUUGCAAUAUUAAUUGUGACAGUAGAUGAGAGAGACAAUAAUCACAUGACAUUCAUUGUACCUGUUUGUCCCCGAGUUGUAUUCCUGCAAAUACAAACAACAUACAUAUACUUUUGAAAACUUCAUGCAUUAUUUCCAAUGAUUGUUAUGUAUAAACAUAUUAUAAGGGCUAGCGCUAUAGCGCUGGGCGCCAUGUAGCAAAAUUGGUGGUUAUUAACUUAUUUAGCGCCAGGCUCUGCGCCCAGCAAAAUGGGCCUGGGGAAAUCACUGUAAUCGCAGAAGUCUUGUGCAUUUCAUAGUAAUUUCGUACCAAGUACUUGAAAACCAGAUGGUCUUUGCGAUGUAUUGAUGUAAUACAUAUACAUGUGCACUACGUACGUAUACAUGUCCACUAUCCAGUGAUAAAUCCACUGUAUGCAAGUAUUCCAAAAAAUCUGAACACAAAAAACUUAUAGAUAUUGACAGUGUACAAUGUAUAUAUUUAUAUUUUUUUUAUAUGAAAACAAUAACAAUGUUAUAAUUAACACUUACAAUUAUUUACAUCAAUAUCAUGUCUUGAGUAUUAAACUUUACAGUACUGGUGUUACCCCUGAAUGUUAAACUUGAUAGGUACAAUUUGCAAAAUUAAAAAUUCUGUUUGAAACCCUUAAUUAAUUAACAUAAGUUACUGUGUAUUUAUAACGAUAACAUAAAUAAAGGCUUCAAACACGGGAGUACAAUUCAUAGUUUGGGGGGG